CAACCACGACGUAUACCCCACCUACGAACCGAACCCGAGGCAAGGUAAACGGAUGAUCCAGACCUGAUGAGUAUCGUUACUCAUGACCACCGAUAUGGUGUCCUUGGCGGUUGUUAUUGGUGACUUACCCGAUGAGCAAUCACGUCGGGUCUCCUCGGUAUUGUCACCCACCGGCCGCGUCCUCAGAAGGCUGACAUCUCUCAACCUCUCUCCGCGGCCACAAAGUCCUAUAAAAGGGACUGCUGGGUGUCGCAGAAUGAUAACACCCGCCUCUACCUCAGGUCUUUUCAGAUGUCGAAACCCACUUUGUACACCUUCGGUGCCUCCGUUUGGUCUGCUGCCGCUGAACUAGUAGUUGCUGAACUAUUCCAACCUGGCGCCGUCGACACUAAGGUUGUCAACCUUUUGAAGGGCGAAAACUUUGAUCCCGCCUUCGUCAACCUAAAUCCCAAUGCCACUCUUCCAACCCUUGAGGCAGAUGGUAAAGCCUACAAUACUACCCAGGACGUCGUUGCGCACCUCAUCAAGCUGUCCGGCAAGAACGUGAAAGGGGGUAGCUCGUUCAUCCAGAAGAUACACGAAGAUCAGAUUGACCCCAACUUUUCUCUGCUUCUUGCGCGUAACGAUGAGGAGAAGAAGGCCAAAGGUGACCUUAUCGUUACCGAAUUCCUUUCUGGCCGACAAGAUGCUCUGGAGAGGUUCUCAAAAACCCCGGAAGCUGCCGCACUGAAGGAGUCGUUCUAUGCGCCGAGGAUCACUGGUAACGGUGGUCUCCUCGCAAUCUAUAAGGGAGAGGCCUCCGAAGAUGCCAAAAAGGGGUACUACGCUACCUCCGACAAGCACUACAACACAGUCGGCGCAUUCAUCCAUGACGAGCUUCCCAAACACCUCUCCGAAUCUGGAUUUAUUGGUGGGAGCCAGCCUGGUGAAGAUGAUUAUCACUUGGCCGCUUGGAUAACUCGUACUGCUGCCACGGUCGGUGCCAAGACGGGCGAAGAUGGGUUGCCUGCUUUUGAGAAAGCGUAUGGAAAGCCUCUGCCAGCAAAGGUGGCUUCUUACUGGAAGGCAUGGUCAUCCAGACCGUCCUUCAAAACGGUCUACGCGGAGGGUCUUCAUUAACUUAGUUUCCAGUGGUCGCGUGUACUAUAUUCUCUGUAGUGUAUGUACUUCCAAAUAGAACCAUAACUUGCAAUUGCA